AUGGCGCGCUGUCAAAAUGCGCGCGCAUUCGCAUCCGAAGCACAAUGGCGGCGGCGCAUCGCUGUUCCCGCCAAACUGAGUGGGGCGGUUAUAGCAAUCUGUGGGAGGUUUGAGAGCUACAUACAAGGUCUGCCCCCGCCCUACACCCUCGUGCCGCCGAUGAUGGCGCUGUCUGCGAGCACUGAGACAAGGACACCUGCGCGUGCGCCGUCUUUUUCUGUCUGCUGGUGCGCCAUAUCACCGAUGCCUGAGAUCUUGAACGCGGUCACUGGCAAGCUGGACACCGAUCAGCCGUCGCUGUUGUGCAAACAGGCUAUGUUCGCGAGGUGGAUCUACCUCAUGAAGAAGCUGCCUUUGUCACCGCAGGAGCCGAUGGAUAAGUUGCCCAAAGUAGAUGAACCAGAAGCUUUACUCUACGCUGAAGCCAAGCAACUCUCAACAGAGUAUCAGGUAGCGAAACAAUGCUUGAUGGCGGCGUUUGAGCGAGCCCAACUCGGAAAAUGGGUCAAAAAACCAAUUGAGCAAGAUCAAUUCCUUUGCGAAAUAUACGACGCUAAUCCAACACUACUGUUCGCUUAG